AUGGCAUUAGAGGGGUCAACUAUAAAAAGUCGAAUCAAAAGUCUUCUUCGCUCACCGUCCAUCAAACUGAAGAGGAAUCAACCAGAGCCGGAAGACCUUACCAAUAAAGUGACUUUGGAGAAAGUAUUAGGGAUCACAGCUACAGGAAACAGUGGCCUGACUUGUGAUUCUAACUCAGGGAUUGUGGCAUACCCAGCAGGGUGUGUGGUAGUUCUGCUCAACCCCAAGAAAAACAGACAACAACACAUCAUUAACACAUCCAGAAAAACUAUCACCACUGUAGCCUUCUCUUCAGAUGGCAAAUACCUGGUAACAGGAGAGAGUGGUCAUUUGCCUGCUGUGCGUGUAUGGGAUGUGGUGGAGAAGACUCAGGUAGCAGAGCUGCAGGACCAUAAAUACGGUGUGGCAUGUGUGGCAUUCUCUCCAAACAGCAAGUACAUCGUCAGCGUGGGCUACCAACAUGACAUGAGCAUCAACGUUUGGGCCUGGAAGAAAAACACAGUGGUUGCUGCUAACAAGGUGUCCAGUAAGGUGACAGCAGUCUCCUUCUCUGAGGACAGCUCAUACUUUGUCACUUCUGGGAACCGACAUGUUCGAUUCUGGUAUCUGGAACCCUCUAGCUCCGCCAAGGUAGUGACAGCUCCUGUUCCAUUGCUGGGACGCUCUGGUCUGUUGGGUGAGCUCCAGAAUAACUUCUUCUGUGAUGUAGCCUGUGGGCGUGGCAGGAAGUCUGAGAGCACCUUUUGCAUCACUUCCUCUGGUCUUCUGUGUGAGUUCAAUGAGAAGAGGAUGCUUGAUAAGUGGGUGGACCUACGGACCAGCAUGGCUCGGUCUCUCUGUGUGAGCGAGGAGCUCAUUGCAUGUGCCUGUGCAGAUGGCACAGUACAUGUCUUCAGUCCGCUCGACCUCCACUUUGUCCGCACGGUACCACGCCCUCAUCAGCUGGGUAUCAAUGUGGAGUCAGUCAGUCAACACAGUCACCUGCUCUCUAACCAGGAAGCUCGUUACCCAGACUCAGUGGCUGUCACUUACGACCCAGUAAACUGCUGGCUGUCAUGUGUGUAUAAUGACCACAGUGUGUAUGUGUGGAAUAUGUCUGAUAUGGACAGAGUGGACAAACUGCACUCAGCUCUCUACCACUCUGCCUGUGUAUGGGACCUGCAGAUGUUACCAAAGCUCAUCGAUGAAUUACAGGACAGAACGGGUUCAGCCGUGUUCGCCACCUGUUCAUCUGAUAACACAGUUCGGCUGUGGAGUGCAGAUGGAUACAGCUGUCUUUCUCACAGCAACACUCUCAGCAAUGACCUCCUGAAGAUCAUCUACAUGAACAACAACACCUCUGCUCUACUGGACACAGAAGGAAUUGCAGCCUGCAACAAUGAUAAACCUGAUGGACAGACCACAGAGAAUCGCACUGGUGUCAGAACUAUCUGUGUGAGUCCAGAUGGACAACACUUGGCCUCAGGAGAUCGCAGUGGAACUCUGAGAGUUCAUGACCUCACAAACAUGGAGGAGAUUUUGAGAGUGGAGGCCCAUGAUUCUGAGGUUCUGUGUCUGGAGUACUCCAAACCUGAGACUGGGCUUAGUCUGUUAGCCUCUGCGGGUCGUGAUCGUCUCAUCCAUGUACUGGAUGCUGAGGAAGACUAUGGUUUGCUACAGACUCUGGAUGAACACUCUUCCUCCAUCACAGCUGUCCGCUUUGCUGCCAAUGAGGGGAAGAUCCGGAUGAUAAGCUGUGGGGCUGACAAGAGUGUUUAUGUCCGUACGGCGCACAGGACUGUCAGAGGAGCAGAGUUCAAACCAACACACCACAUAGUGAGGAAAACAGGCCUGUAUGACAUGGACAUACAUCCCAGCGGUAAAUACGCUGCUGUUGGAUGCCAGGACCGAACAGUCAGAGUCUUCAACAUCAGCAGUGGUAAACAGAAGAAAACUUAUAAGGGCUCACAGACAGAAGAUGGCAGCUUGCUCAAGGUUCAGAUCGACCCAUCAGGGCUAUAUGUGGCCACCAGCUGCUCAGAUAAAAGCAUCAGCAUUUUUGACUUCUGCAGUGGAGAGUGUGUGGCUACCAUGUUUGGACACUCAGAGAUUGUGACCGGCAUUAAGUUUACUGAGGACUGCAGGCAUGUAAUCACAAUUUCUGCAGACAGUUGUGUGUUUGUAUGGCGUCUGGCUCCUGUGCUGACCAUAAAUAUGAGAGAACGUCUUGCUCAACUUAGAAACUCUCCACGUGGCCAGUCUGUGAAGAGCUCUGUCCUGAGGCGUUCAUCUGUGAGCCGUGUGGAGAUGAAUAGUGCUCCAUCUUUGCUGAGCCUCUCUUCUGAGAGUGAGAAAGAUGAGGAAGAUGAUGAGAAUGCUGUGAAAGGGCUUGAGGAAGGCCUAGACAACCUACAGGACUUUAUUCACCGUCCGUCAUCUGUGGGCAGUGUUGGGAAAGAGCAAGGUGUUCCUGAAGAGGGGAAUGACUGCACCUCCAACAAGGACCACUCUGUAGGGGUUUGUUCAUCCAGCACACCCGAGGUUGCUCCCCGGCCACGCAGACGUUGGUCGUGUAAGAUGGGAUCUCUGGAGCUGAUGGUGAAGUCCAUGUUGGAGCUGAGGGAGCUAGAUUCUCCCAAAAGAGGUCACACAGGUUCUCAGGAGAGAGACAGCUUCUCCAACCUGCAAGGAGCAGCGGAUGGUCAGCCUAAGAAGCGUCGGCGUCCUCACUCAGCCUGGUUGGUCCCCAUAUCUAAUCCAGAGCCUGAGGGGGUGGUUCUGUACCCACAGCUGUGCCAGCGGAUUGCCAGCCUGCCGGCUGCCACUGAACACUCACUGCAGGGUCAGGACCAGGACCUUGGUCAACAUCAAAGUCAAGGCUGGGAUCAAGAUUGUGGGGGUGACCAAGGGCUGUUUCAAAUUCAGAGAAAUGAUAUGGGGCAGGGCCAAGAUGAAGAGUCCCAGUACCAAGAGACUCAGAGUUCAGACAGUGCCUGUUCAGUUGGAUACUGCAAUGGUGACUCCAGCACAGAGCAAUACCAUGGAGGAGUCCAGAGGAGACUCCAGGGUAGUACGACCACCCAAACAUCCCCCCGCAGAUAUGCUUCUCCACUCCUGUCUAAAACUGGCAGAGCUAGGGACAGAAGCCCCAAGGUGACUGUGAAGCCCCUCGUGUCCACAGUGAGACCCCUAGUAGAGGAUAAGGGCCUGGGGGACAAGGUAGAGCUGGACCUUCCAGAGAGGGGUUCUCCUCUUGGUUCCACCCCACAUAGGAGGAGACCUCCUGGGACACUUCCCAGCAGGGUGGCCAGCCCCCUGGGCAAACCUCCUACAGUUCGGAGACCUUUGACUCCACCACGGCCAAAAAGAGAGGGGCAGAUCUCCAAGACCCGCCUUCACCAUACCCUGUCUGCAGAGCACACCUCACUACAGGACAGUCCCCAGGGUCAGCGAGUCCUCAGAGCCCGCUCCUACAUGAACCCCACCACCAGCUUCAUGGCCAAGAUCAGCCGUUCCGUAUCUGUGGGAGAGGAUAUUCACCUGAGUCUGCCUGUCAGAGACAGCGGUUCUUCUUUCACUCCUUGUCAAUCACCCACCAGCCCCUCCAGAACCACCCCUCCAUUCUUACCAUCUCCAUGCUCCAGCUUGCCGGAAUCCAUUUCACAUGAAUCCGAGCUUGGUCGCAGAGAUUCAUUCCCUAGAACCCUCAAGACCCACCCACUAAGGAGCACUAGCUCCCAGUCUGGAGGUUGCAUCAAGACCAGACCCUGUCCCAGCGAGGACACUAGCAAUCUUAAAGACCCAUUUGGUCGGUCAGGAAACCAAGGUGUGGACCCAGAUAUUCAUUCUCAUCAGGACCAGACUCAAGAGCUCGAUGUAAGCUCCAAGGGGUCGUCUAAUCUGUCUGUACCGGUUCCAGAGACACUUUCAGACAGCUCUAACCCUGAGAAAUGUCCUGAAAAGUUCUUCACUAGCCAGCAAGAGCACCCUCUAGUGACUGUCCAAGCCUUCACUGUCACUGGAGACAACUGCAACUCCUCCAAUCCAGAGUCCUCUGUUACUGUGGAGACAUGCAGGGGUGUGGCAGUGGAACUGUGCAGUAGUGCAAGAAAGGCCACUCAGCUUUACAGAAUGGUGUGCUCUCACGGUGUAGACGGCAGUGCAGAGCAGCAGGAGAUGAAGCAAGUCCUGUUGGACGCAUUAGUAACAGUGCGCUCUGAGAUGGAGGUUCUGACCCAACCCAGGUCUGGAGUGAACCAGAGCCAGGGUGGUGAGAAUGCUUUGGCUCUGCUAGAACAGUACUCCCAACUUCUGCUCCAGACUGUUGAGAAGAGAUUUGACCUUAAAACCUAA